CCCCGCCGGUCCCUCGGCCCACCCGAUCCCUGCGCAGGAGACCCCCCACCAGCUCCCUGGAGAGCGCCCAGGAGUCCGGGCUCCCCGCGCCCACGGCGGGGCCGGAGGAGACCGCGGGGCUCGGGCAGGGGGGGGCUCUCCCGGGCGGCAGGGCACGCCGGGGUCGGGGCCGGGGCCGGAGCCGGGGCACGAUGUUCAGCUGGCUGCGCAAGCAGGAGAAGGCGGUGCCGGAGGUGAUCCGCACGGUGACCGAGGGGCUCAAGGAGCUGUACAAGCGCAAGCUGCUGCCGGUGGAGGAGCUGUACCACUUCCACGACUUCCACUCGCCCGCGCUGGAGGACGCCGACUUCGACAGCAAGCCCAUGGUGCUGGUGAUGGGGCAGUACAGCACGGGCAAGACCACCUUCAUCCGCUACCUGCUGGAGCAGGACGUGCCCGGCAGCCGCGUGGGGCCCGAGCCCACCACCGACACCUUCACCGCCAUCAUGCACGGCGAGGCCGAGCGCCUCGUGCCCGGCAACGCCGUGGUCGUGGACCCCAAGAAACCCUUCCGCAAGCUGCACCCCUUCGGCAACGCCUUCCUCAACCGGUUCACGUGCGCGGAGCUGCCUAACCAGGUCCUGGAGAGCAUCACCCUCAUCGACACCCCCGGCAUCCUCUCCGGGGCCAAGCAGCGCGUCAACCGGGGCUACGACUUCCCGACCGUGCUGCGGUGGUUCGCGGAGCGCGUGGACCGCGUGGUGCUGCUGUUCGACGCGCACAAGCUGGAGAUCUCGGACGAGCUGGCGGGCGCCAUCGCGGCGCUGCGCGGGCACGAGGACAAGGUGCGCGUGGUGCUGAACAAGGCGGACGCGGUGGGGCCGCAGCAGCUGCUGCGCGUCUACGGGGCGCUGCUGUGGGCGCUGGGCAAGGCCUUCGACACGCCCGAGGUGCUGCGCGUCUACGUGGGCUCCUUCUGGGCCGAGCCGCUGUGCCGCCCCGAGCAGCGCCACCUCUUCGAGCUGGAGGAGCUCGACCUCUUCCACGACAUCCAGGCCCUGCCGCGCCGCGCCGCCCUGCGCCAGCUCAGCGACCUGGUCAAGCGCGCCCGCCUCGUCCGGGUGCACGCCCACGUGCUGAGCGCGCUGCGCCGCGAGAUGCCCUCGAUGUUCGGGAAGGAGCAGCGCAAGCGGCAGCUCAUCGCCGACCUGCCCGCGCUCUUCACCCGCGUCCAGCUGGAGCAGCGCGUCCCGCCCGGCGACUUCCCCGACUGCGCCCGCAUGCAGGAGCUGCUGCAGGUCCACGACUUCACCAAGUUCCCGCCGCUGAAGCCGCGGCUGCUGGAGGCGCUGGACGAGCUGCUGACCCGCGACAUCGCGCAGCUGAUGCCGCUGCUGCGGCAGGAGGAGGCGGCGCCGGCGCCGGACGUGCAGGGCGGCGCCUUCGCCGGGGCCAUGCGCGGGCCCUUCGCCGAGGAGGAGGAGGGCGAGGAGGAGGAGGAGGAGGGCGCGGGCGAGGACGGCGAGUGGGUGGUGACCAAGGACAAGCCCAAGUACGACGAGAUCUUCUACACGCUGGCGCCGCAGGACGGGAAGCUGAGCGGGCCCAAGGCGCGGAGCUGGAUGGUGACCACGCGCCUGCCCAACUCGGUGCUGGGCCGCAUCUGGCAGCUGAGCGACGUGGACCGCGACGGCAUGCUGGACGCCGACGAGUUCGCCCUGGCCUCCCACCUCAUCGGCGCCAAGCUGGAGGGCCGCGGGCUGCCGGCCGACCUGCCGCGCCACCUCGUGCCCCCCUCCAAGCGCCGCCACGGGGGCGCCGCCGACUGAGCCCCGCCGCCCCCCAGCCUGCCCGGGCGCCUGGGCUCGGCCCCCAGCUCCUGUUUCCCCUCCCGGAGCGGGGCCAAACCCGGGCGCCCGCGCUCCCCCCUCGCCCAGCCCCACGGGGGCUCCUGGCCCGUACCCCGAUGCUCCCCGCCAUGCAGCUCCCCUUGCCCCCCCCAGUCCUGGGACCCCCCCCCCCCACAUCCAGCCCAACCCCCUGCCAGGCUGAUACCGCGGCCCCCCCCCCAUGCCCCUGACCCCCACGUGGCGGCUGCAUCCAGCCACUCGGUGCUACAGACCCAUUGAUGCCCCCCCACCACAGGGGCAAGACCCCCCCCUCAAGGAUUGCUGAGGGGGGGCACAGAUCUGGGGGUUAACCCCCCAAGAUGCUGGCCCCCUUAAUGCCCCCCCACUUUGGACUUUUCAUAGAUGUUAGGGUCGGACGGGACCUCGCUAGAUCGUCGAGUCCGACCCCCGUGGGGCCGUGUCUCCCCCCAGCCCGCCUCAGCCCCAGCUGGGGGCCGGGGGGGCGAGCGGGGGCAUUUCCAUUCCAGCCAGUGUAUUUGGCUACUGACCUCGCACAACUGCCCCCCACCACACCCAGCUCGUUAGCCUCUAUAGGACACUCCCCCCUCGUUAUCAUGCCCUUCGUUAGCUGCCUUGAGACCCUCCGCAACCCCCCCUCCCCCCCCCCCCCAAGCUGGUGGCGGAGCUCGUGCAAAAAGCCUCGCACGAGGACCCGUGAAAAGUUUCCCAGUUUGAGACCCCCAGGCCCUGGCACUGCCCCCCCCAAAAAAAGACACUACAGGGGCAGGGCCUGUUAGCCCCUCCAUGCAUUGCCCCCCCGGCCAUCUGGGGGCAGUUUUAUGUGACCCCCCCCGGCUUCAUCCCCCUCCCUGGGGCUGGCUGAGAACCAGGCCCCUCCAUUGGGGGUGGGGUAGUGGGGGGGUGAGGACCCCGGACCCCCUCCCUGGUUUCCAUGGCGUCAGCCCCCCCCCCCCCCCCCCCCCCCAGUCUAUGCAUCUGUCUGUCCGCUGCAAUAAAGAGGUCUCGCCUUCA